ACGGCCUCGCUGUCGAGCCAACAACAGCCCGCCGCCCGUUUCAGCGAGUUCUAGAUGCUCGGCUGCAGGCGCACCUCGCAGCAGAGUCUGCUGUGCUUGCGCCGGCCGCAGGAGAAGCUGUUGACUGCAGUCUGCGUGCCUGCGCGUCGCGUGCGCUUUUUGCAGCCUUUGCUUUCACCCUGGCCCAACGGCUCCACCCGCAGCUCUGCGUUCCCCAUUGCGCGCCGCCUACUCGCCAAUCCUCGCAGACCCCCGACCACGCUGCGUCAUACGUGCCGCCCCCGUCUCCAGCUUUUUUUCAACGCCUGUCUGCAUGAACACGACUGCGACGGGCCCUGAACACCAAUCCCCACCGCUUUUAUAACCACCGCCCAUUGGUGCGCACGUUCGCGGGCACCGUUGUACACCACCAUGAACGUGACCAUCGCCGGCCACGGCCCGCACCUGACGACCCACGAGGCCCUGUCGGGUGUCUUCGGCAGCAUCUCGCUCGCGUCGUGGAUCUUCCUGCUGGUUCCCCAGCUCAUCGAAAACUACCGCCAGUCCUCCGCCGACGGCAUCUCCCUCGCCUUCCUCGCCGUCUGGUUCAUCGGCGACGUGACCAACCUCGCCGGCGCCCUCUGGGCCCAGCUCGUCCCUACCGUCUCCGCCCUCGCCGUCUACUUCUGCUUCGCGGACCUCGUCCUCAUCGCCCAGUGCGUCUACUACAACGCCAAGAACGCCCGCAGAGCCGCCCGCAAGGCGUCCACCCGGAGCGAAGACAGCGUCGAGCAGCCGCUGCUCGGGCGCAGGGAUAGCUCGAACGUGGGACUCCCGGGCAGCCACACGAGGCGCAGGAGUAGCGCGGCGAGUGCGAGGGAGCGCAGGCGGAGGGCGAGCAGCUUGCCGAGUCUUGUCGAGGAAGAGGCGCGGGGCAGCGCGUGGGUGAAGAACGCCAUCUCCAUCGUCGGGGUAUGCGCAGUCGGAGCCGCGGGCUGGGCCAUCGCAUGGAAGACAGGCGUGUGGGUGCCCACGCCUGAGCACGGCGCAUCCCCCUCUGACCCCGAGCCCGACACCCCGCUCGGCGCGUCCAUCCUGGGCUACGUCAGCGCCGUGUGCUACCUCGGCGCGCGCAUCCCGCAGAUUGUCAAGAACCAGCGGGAGCGCUCGUGCGAGGGGCUCAGUCUGCUGUUCUUCAUCCUCUCGCUGCUCGGCAAUGCGACGUACGGCGCGGGCAUCCUGUUCCACUCCCUUGAGAAAGAGUACUUCCUGACCAACCUGCCGUGGCUGAUUGGGUCGCUCGGCACAAUCGUCGAGGACGUGAUCAUCUUCAUCCAGUUCCGCGUUUUCGGGACGGGGGAGUCGUCUGCGGUGGAGGUGUAGCUGGAUGGUGCGGCCACGCCAUCUGCAUUGCUUCAACGUGAUAUGGAACACGACAAAUUACUUAUGGGCUAUACGGACGAAUAAAACAAAAGUGUUUUCCGGCGUUGAGGGACGCGGCGGUCUUCGCUCGCGGAUAAUACUAUCUGAUACCCAGCGUUCUGCGCGGAUGUUAUCAUUAUCUGGGUUGUAGUUGUUUGGUGGUCAAAUGUACAUUGUACGGAUACCGUCAAGAUGAGACAUGUAUAUACGACAGCUCGGGCUCAGAAGAAUCGUACUCGUAAAUGACAUUCUAUAUACAAG